GUGGACAACUAAGCCUUCAUAUACAUACCUACACCUACACACAAAUAUAUAAAGAGGGAGAGACUCUCAAUAGAGGUAAAUAUAAAAAAUAUCUCGUAACAAUGGCGGAAAAACCAACCGUAGCACCGGUCUAUGCCGACUAUUCGCUGGAAAUAUACUCAAAGGGCAUGCUCCAGGGCUGUCCCCCAGUAAUCACGACGGACCCGAAUAAGCUGCGGCUGCAAGCUAAGAAGGUGAUGCGUGAGGAUGCGUACAACUACAUCGCAGGCGGGGCCGGCGAGGGGGCUACAAUGGACGCAAAUCGCUUGGCCUUCCGUCAGUGGAAGAUUGUGCCGCGGAUGAUGCGGCCGAAUGUGCCUAGAGAUCUUAAAGUCACACUGUUCGGGGAGCAAUACGAUUCCCCUGUGUUAGCAGCUCCGAUUGGGGCACAAGAGGUAUACCAUAAAGAGAAGGAAAUCGGGACCGCGUCAGGAUGCGCCGAGCUUAACGUGCCUUUCAUCAUGAGCACGUUAGCCACAACCCCAAUGCAAGACAUAGUAUCAGCCAGCGGUACCAAUACCCGCUGGUUCCAACUAUACUGGCCCAACGACGACGAGAUCACAGCCUCUAUCCUGCGCACAGUCAAAGCCGCCGGGUUCAAAGUACUAGUCGUAACCCUUGACACAGCGCGCGUGGCAUGGCGUCCUGCAGACCUCGACACGGGCUUCGUGCCCUUCGUGACGGGUCUUGGCAACGACGUGGGCUUUUUGGACCCCGUGUUCCGUCAGAAGUUCGCCGCGCGCAGCGGUGGCAAGACCCCUGAGGAGGUCCCGAUGCUCGCGGCUCAGUAUUGGCUAGGCGAGGCCUUUAGUGGCGAUAGCUACGAUUGGGAGCGGCUCGAGGUGCUCAGAAAGCACUGGGACGGGCCGAUUGUGCUUAAGGGGAUCCAGCAUCCUGAGGAUGCCGUCCUAGCCGUACAGCACGGCGUCGACGGGAUCAUCGUCAGCAACCACGGCGGAAGACAGUUGGACGGCGCGGUGGGGUCGCUGGAGAUGUUGCCGGAGAUCGUGGAGGCCGUGGGCGAUAAGACGACUGUGCUCUUCGAUUCCGGGAUCCGGACUGGUGCUGAUAUCUUCAAGGCAUUAGCUUUAGGAGCCAAGGCCGUGCUGGUAGGGCGUCCGCUGAUGUAUGGCCUGGGAAUCGCUGGAAAGACUGGAGUAAGACAUGUCCUUGCCUGUCUGCUUGCUGAUUUAGACGGAACUAUGGGUCUAGCUGGAGUCAAGAGUGUGGGUGAUUUGAACCAAGUCACCUUGAGGAAAGUAUCAUACGGAGGAGACGUGAAGACAAGUAUCUAAUGAUCUAUCUUUUGGGAACCUAGUUACGAUAAUGAUAAUGGGUAUGUUGUCACGGAGCACUUAGAAGCGAGGACAUUUAUUCGCUUAAUGACUUUGGCACACCAGCUGCUCACCAAUGUCAGCCCAGACGCCGUCAAUCGACACGUACUUAGUAUAACCUUCAUAAAGCUACAUUUUUAUCGCGCCAUUGGUAUCAUAACACAUAACAUACGCUCACGACACGUUUUUAGCCUCAAAUCAAAAGAAACAC